GAGUGACCUUUGACCUCCCCCGGCCUUCCGCUUUCCUUUCUCUCUCCGCCGCCGUCGGCCAUCGUGCCCGACGCCCAGUUCUCCGCCAUGUCAUCCCACAAGACAUUCAGGAUCAAGCGAUUCCUCGCCAAGAAGCAGAAGCAGAAUCGGCCUAUCCCCCAGUGGAUUCGUAUGAAAACUGGCAAUAAGAUCAGGUACAACUCCAAAAGAAGACACUGGAGAAGGACGAAGCUGGGCUUGUAAAGAACAGCUCAUCUAAUGACACGCAUAUUUGUCCUAUCCCGAGUUCGUCAUUUGUCUUUUUCAACAAUUUCGCAAAAACACAACUAGUGGCUGAGACGUUCUGGCUAUCUUAUCAAGCGUUGGUUGUAUCAGAUUUGGGAAAUAAAUGUGUGUGAUCUUUUUGAAA